AUGUCUCUGAGUGUUUAUGAUGACGUGAUUGGAUUUGGGGAGAUGAACAGAGGAGAUAAAGUGGAGAUGGUGGUGGAUAUCUACGAGAGUGCAGACGCUGUUAGAGGUCAUGACCCCAACACAGAGAUGGAGGACACCAACACAAUGAGGAUCCUGAAGACACAACAAGCAGAGAGUCGCUCUGCAGGAAGCAGACGCUACAGACUGGCUGCAGUGGGUCUGGGUCUGCUGUGUGUUCUCCUGCUGACUGCCAUCACAGUGCUGUGGAUCCAGUUCAACCACCUGACUGCAGAGAGAGACCAGUUACAGACCAGUAACACCAACCUGACUGCAGAGAGAGACCAGUUACAGACCAGUAACACCAACCUGACUGCAGAGAGAGACCAGUUACAGACCAGUUACACCAACCUGACUGCAGAGAGAGACCAAUUACAGACCAGUUACACCAACCUGACUGCAGAGAGAGACCAGUUACAGACCAGUUACACCAAGCUGACUGCAGAGAGAGACCAGUUACAGGCAGAGAGAGAUGAUCUCCCGAGAAGGUUUUCUGAACUGGACGGGUGGAUCUACUUCAGCUCCAGUCUUUACUACGUCUCUACUGAGAAGAAGAUCUGGACUGAGAGCAGAAACGACUGCAGAAAGAGAGGAUCAGACCUGGUGAUCAUCAACAGCAGAGAAGAACAGGUGAGAGAGAGAGAGAGAGAGAGAGAGAGAGACUCCACUGAUCAUAAACACUGGGAAAACGUAAAUCACGCACCGGAUCUCGAUGAAAGAAAGGUUGAGAAGAGAAGUUCUGGAGACCUGGAGAACCCAGUAAUUACAGAUAUGAGGACUGUGGUGUAUGCGGCUAUGGGUUUGAUCCUGUGA